UUGUAGCCGCACUCCAACCAAAACAAACUCAGUGGAAACUAAUCUGCUCCCUUCCACACUGCGCUUUCCCCAAAUGCCUCGCCGACUGAAUAAGAGGUGUGAGGACAACUAUGUUAUUCUGUGGCAUAGAAAAGUAACCUGGCUUGUAGCGGUAGUUUAAAGCAGCCCUAAGUUAACAUGCUAACGUCUCCGUAGCUAACAGGAGCCGCUAACAGCUAAAGGUUAUGUCCGAUGAGCUAGUAGCAGCCUGUGGGAGUAGAAAACAUCCAAACACCAGCCCUGCAUCCUCAAACGAAUCAGAGACCCCGAUAACUUAUUUCCUGCGUUGCCUUUUACCGCCUGGACCGAACCCUUCAGUAUGGGGAUGUGCUUACCGUGCCUUGGUGGAGCAGCGGACGACGUGGUGGUCACUCCGGACCCUGAGACAAGACGGCGACAGCUAGCUGAAGCCGCCGAGAAAAGACAAAAAGAGACAGCGUACAGGGGGGUUAAGAAUCCAGAAGCAGUUGAAAGGAAAAGGAAAAAACAGGAAGAGGCCGAAAAACAGGCGAUGACCACUUCUGUGUCUGGUGGUGGUGGAUUGAAGUGGCAGGUUGGCUGAAGCUCCUGACGGCAGCGUCUGCUCCUCCCUGAAGCCACGUGAAGAAUUUGCUGCAUCACGACUUUAAAGACGCUGGAGCUUUCCUCCGUUUUCUUUUCCUUUUGCCCGUUUUCACAGUGUUACAGGUCAAACUGCUACAGUCUUCAUUCCCGUUAUCAUUACAGACAGUUCACUUCUGACAAAAACGCUGCAGUAUUUGCCAAGUUUCUUAAAUCAGUUUCGACCUUUCGGACGACACAGUGAAGUUCCAGCAAUCAUGCGUUGUGCUGUUUUACUUCCAGUAGUUGACAGCUGGACGCUGAUGAGACUGUUUGGAAGAACUUUUCAAUUUGAGUUAUGAACCUGAGUAGUUUGGGGUUGGGUUUUUUUUUUCCGUUAUGGUCCACAUUACAUUUCGUGUGAUUUCUUCAAAUAUCCGUUACUUAUGAAGCGUGGUGUAAACACUGCUUUACUUCACAGAGGCUUUGCAGAGACGAGUGCAUAUUGUGCAUCAAGUAACUUUUUCUUUUGCAGUCAGUUUAGUGAGACAAAGUCAUUUAGUUUUUCAGAGAAAUUUUUAUCUUGAGGCCCAUCAUGACAUCGCCUGCAGAGAAAACACCAGUAGACCUGUUUAAGGUUUUGUCCAGAUAUUAGUCAUCUGGAACACAUGCAUUUGGUGAACUAUAUUGAAACAGGAAAUCACACACUUUUGUUUUUAAAUGGUAAUCCAUAAUCUUUACAUAUAUUUAUUAAAGCUAAUGGUCUGUGUGUUUCAUGAAUGAUUUCAUCUGUGAAGCUGUCCCUCAUGCAGGCAUCCUUACAAUGGUACAAAGAAGACAUCUGUGACAGGAUGAGAACAGCUUGGCCUGAUCCGGAUCUUGAUUUGGCCUGGGACUCUUACAUUUUGUCCCAGUCUUUGGUACGACACGGCCUGUUAAUUAACUUCACAACCACGAACUCUGCAUUUGGGUGAUACUUUAGUGACCCUGCCAUGAAGCACAAACUUGACACUAAAAUAAGCCGCUGAGGAGCUUCAGAUAACUGCUUGAUGGUCUUUAUUUCAACACUUCAUGCUUUAAACCAGUCAGCAAUAAAGAGGGAGUGAGGUUACUGUGCACCGAGCCCCGUUCAUGCUGUCUUUUGCACUUUGCACUCGUCUUUGCCUUGUUUCAAGGUCCUUUAUUUUAUUUAAUGCACAAUUUCAGUUUGCUGCACCGAUUUACAAUGUAUGAACACAGAUUUGAUGGCUGCUUAAUUUAAAUGAUAAAAAGUGUGUUUGUAAAAUGCCACAGUAGGAACUGAAGACGAAGUUUGUAAUUUCUUCACACAGAGUGUUUUUACCGGUUUUGCUCGCUUUGCGCUGUUGUGUUGGGAGAGUCAUUACAGCUGCGGGGGACACGACGAAUGACUGAAGGAAAAUGAAGGAACUCUUGUUGUGAAUUAUUUGCUUGCAUUUGUUAAAGAAGCCUUCUCUUUGUCCUUAAAUGCCUCCGGUGCUCUCGCUUUUUUGUAGGACAGGAAAUCUAGCCAAUGGUAUUUGCUACAAUAAAUCACAUUUCUGCUA